AUGGCUUGGCCUCGUGUGCAGCUGGUUGUCACAGCUGAUGACUUUGGUUACUGCCCUCGGCGUGAUAAGGGCAUCGUGGAGGCCUUCCUGGCAGGAACUGUGACCAGCGUGUCACUGCUGGCCAAUGGCACAGCCGCAGAGAGCGCGGCCGAGCUGGCCCGCAGGCACAGCAUUCCCACGGGCCUUCACGCCAACCUGACUGAGGGCCGUCCUGUGGGUCCCGCCCGCCACACCGCCUCGUCGCUCCUCAGCUCAGAAGGCUUCUUUCUCGGGAAGAUGGGAUUUCGGAAGGCCUUAGCGGCUGGAGACGUUUCUUUGCCUCAGGUGCGGGAGGAACUAGAAGCUCAAUUCAACCGCUUCCGGGAGUUGUUGGGCAGGUCCCCCACGCACGUGGACGGGCACCAGCACGUGCACGUGCUCCCAGGUACGCGGAUUGAAACGUCCAGGUCCGGGUGGGAGUGGGGGCUGCUUUCCAAGGUUGGUGGGAGGUCGAUGCUGAGCCCAGCCCUCCAAGCAGGCGUGUGUCAGGUGUUCGCCGAGGCCCUGCAGGCGUUCGGGGUACGCUUCACGCGGCUGCCAGUGGAACGCGGCGUGGGCAGCUGCGCGUGGCUGGAAGCACCAGAGCGUGCCUUCGCCUGCGCUGUGGAGAGCGAUGCCCGGGCCGCCAUGGGCCCCUUCUCCCGCCACGGCCUGCGGUGGACCGAUGCCUUUGUGGGCCUGAGCACUUGUGGCCGUCACAUGUCUGCUCACCGAGUCUUGGCGUCACUGGCGCGGGCUCUGGAAGAUAUCCCUGCUGGCCGCCCCCUGACUGCCGAACUGAUGGCACACCCAGGAUACCCCAGUGUGCCUCCAGCAGGGGGCUGCGGUGAGGGCCCCGAUGCUUUCUCUUGUUCUUGGGAGCGGCUGCAUGAGCUGCACGUCCUCACAGCACCCACCCUGCGGGCUCGGCUGGCCCAGAAUGGUGUGCAGCUCUGCGCCAUAGACGACCUGGAUUCCAAAAGGCCGGGGGAAGGGGUUCCCUGUGAGGCAACUCUGGAGCCCUUCCUGAAGCCUUCUCCACCCUGACACCAAAGGCCAGCUGCGAACUGCCUCUCACUGUGGAGGAAGGCCAGGGCUAGUGCCUGGAGCCAGGUCUUAUAGCAGGGUCUGGCUUCCUAGAGUGACAAGUCACUAAACCAGGUCCUUGCGGCUGAGUAGUAUUGGGCAGCCCUGCCUGCAGUCAAGCAGGGCUAGUCAGAGACAUCUGGACUUAGGGUUUGAUGAGCAUUUGGUGCCAAUUCAUGUGCAAGUUACAACCACUUGU